CCCCGGCUGGGGGGCGGGGCGGGGCUCUGAGGGGCACCGUUCAGAGCCCAGCCGCCCGGGCACCCGCGGCCCGGGCACCGGGAUAAGUAGGACAGCGGCCGCGGCGACUGGGGGUUCGGGGGUGGAGCGUGCCCUGUAUUUUCUAUACGGGUUCCGGGGCCCAGUAGAGGCGCGCCGAGAGGAGAGGAAAGUGCGGCGGCCCUGGAACCUGGAUAUCGCAGGAGGCAAGCUGCGCGCGGGCGGGCGGGCUAUGGCGCAGGCGGGUUGCGGGGCCGGCGCUGGUGGCGGGGCCCGGUGCAUGGCGGUCUGUCGGCGGAGUCACCCUCGGGGGCUGUCAGGUUUGUGACGCAAAAGGGACUCUGACCUCAGCUGCGGCUCUUGGUGCUGGGAGGAAGCCAGCUUCAUGUCUCAGCGCACGAGUAGGCGCGUUCGCCAUGGAGAGCUUGGGGCUGCAGACGGUGACCCUCAGUGACGGGACGAUGGCCUAUGUCCAGCAAGCUGUCAAAGGAGAGAAGCUUCUCGAAGGGCAAGUGAUCCAGCUCGAGGAUGGGACCACCGCAUACAUUCACCAAGUGACAGUGCAGAAAGAACCUCUUUCAUUCGAGGAUGGACAAGCCGUGCAGCUGGAAGAUGGUAGCAUGGCCUACAUACACCGCACACCCAGAGGCCAAGAUGAUGAAGAUGGUCCCCACGAGGAGCUUGUGAGUUCGCAGUCAGAACUCCGUAGAGACCUCAUCCUUAGGAAAGGCAGCCCCAGCAAGAGGGCCAGCCAGAGUGAUCCACCAAGCGCCUGGACUGACUGCGUGUUCCCUGCAGAGGGCUGUGACCCAAGUGCCCUGGAGGCUGUCCAGCUGGAAGAUGGCUCCACUGCCUACAUCCACCACCCCGUGGCUAUGCCGACAGACAGCACCAUCCUAGCCGUGCAGACAGAGGUGGGCUUAGAGGACCUGGCCGCAGAGGAUGACGAGGGCUUCAGUGCGGACACAGUGGUGGCCCUGGAGCAGUAUGCCAGCAAGGUUCUGCAUGACAGCCAGGCUCCCCAUAACGGCAAAGGACAGCAAGUCGGGGACAGAGCAUUCCGCUGUGGCUACAAGGGCUGUGGUCGUCUCUAUACCACCGCUCAUCACUUAAAGGUGCAUGAGAGAGCACAUACGGGGGACCGUCCGUACAGGUGUGAUUUCCCCAGCUGCGGAAAGGCCUUUGCCACAGGGUACGGGCUGAAGAGCCACGUUCGCACCCACACUGGUGAGAAGCCAUACAAGUGCCCGGAGGAGCUGUGCAGCAAGGCCUUCAAGACCUCAGGGGACCUGCAGAAGCAUGUCCGGACCCACACCGGCGAACGCCCGUUCCGGUGCCCCUUCGAGGGCUGUGGCCGCUCCUUCACCACGUCUAACAUCCGCAAGGUACAUGUGCGCACCCACACAGGCGAGCGGCCCUACACCUGCCCCGAGCCCCACUGCGGCCGAGGCUUCACCAGUGCCACCAACUACAAGAAUCACGUGCGCAUCCAUACAGGGGAGAAGCCAUACGUUUGCACGGUGCCAGGCUGCGGAAAGCGCUUCACCGAGUACUCAAGCCUGUAUAAGCACCACGUGGUGCACACACACUGCAAGCCCUACACCUGCAGCACCUGUGGCAAGACCUACAGGCAGACCUCCACCCUGGCCAUGCACAAGCGCAGCGCCCAUGGCGAGCUGGAGGCCACGGAGGAGAGCGAGCAGGCCCUUUAUGAGCAACAGCAGCUCGAGGCCGCCUCUGUAGCCGAGGAGAGCCCGCCACCCAAGCGACCCUGCAUUGCUUACCUGUCAGAGGUGAAAGAAGAGGACGAUGACACCCCAGCCCAAGUGGCUAUGGUGACUGAGGAGGACGGGGCCCCCCGCGUGGCUCUGAUCACUCAGGAUGGCGCCCAGCAGGUCAGCCUGUCCCCAGAAGACCUGCAGGCCCUGGGGAGUGCCAUCAGUAUGGUGACCCAGCACGGCAGCACCACCCUCACCAUCCCCAGUCAUGAUGAUGACCUCACCACAUCUGGCACACAUACAGUCACCAUGGUCAGCGCCGAUGGCACCCAGACGCAGCCCGUCACAAUCAUUACCUCUGGGACUGUGGUUGCUGAGGACUCAAGUGUAGCAUCUCUUCAUCAUCAACAGGUGGCGCUGUUGGCCACAGCCAACGGAACUCACAUUGCAGUGCAGCUGGAGGAGCAGCAGACCUUAGAGGAGGCCAUCAGCGUGGCCACCGCUGCCAUGCAGCAGGGGGCUGUGACCCUGGAGCCCACAGAGUCAGAGAGCGGCUGCUGAGCCCGAGAAGGCUGCGUCCCACACCAUGCUAGUGGUACCGUGCCACACAGGCAUCCUUGCCUCCAAGGCCCAGGCUGUGGCUGAUGCGUGGAAGGUGCCACGUCGGUCUCUAGGGCAAGAAGGCAGCAGGAAAACAGCCUGAAGGGUACAGGCGCCCUGCCCAAGAGGAGGGCCAGGCAGCUGGAAUCGGGGGCAUACGUCAUCCUCAGGAGUAAGGAGGACAAGCUUGAUCACCAGGCUGCACUGGGUGCCCCCCCAAAUCAGCUGGGCACCCUCUCCUCUCUCUAGAAAACACACUUCCUGCCUUCAGUCCACUCCUUCUCAGGUGGCGAUUGGGGCUGCUCUUGGGACUAGUCCUCCACUCUGACUGGUCACUGGCCACCAGGGGAGAGGGUACAACAGCUCUUCAGCCCAGUAGGGGCAGAGCAGGCCCAGCCCUGCCUCUCCCAGCAAUAACCACCUCUCUGGAGGCCAGCCAAGAGCCUGGCCACUUGGCAGCAGGGACUUCCUGCCACUGCAGUCAGAAAUGCUCAGGGGCCUGUGGCUGGAAAAAAGGUGCCCAGCCCCCUACCCCCAGCUACUCGCCAACCUCUGUGAGAGAGGCAGGGAGUGACCUUGUACAUACUGGGGAUUGGGUAUGAUUUGUUUUAUUUUUUUUUAUUCCAUUUUGAUAAUUUUUUUUUUUCCUGCUCUGGAUGGUGGUGGCAAAUGGGUGAAUGAGUAUUUAAUAAAAGUUCCAAGUUUC